AGGAAGUGAAGCUUCAUACACGCCCCGUUCCAGCCUGUCGACCCCGCUGCUGCCGCCGCUGCAGGACAUCACAAUAACACCGGAGACCACCGGACCCUCACCGGACACACGGACACCUCCCGAGCAUGCGUUCCGUCCCGGAUGGACCGCACCGGGAAUAACCUGCAGGACGACGCCGAUUACACGCGCGGGAGGGGAGCGCCACAGUGUCAGCAUGGACCGGGAGCCGGUUCGCCAGAGCCAAUCGGAACGCGGCGAGGCCGCCAACGGAAGCAGCGCCGCGGCGCCGGACUCGACCCCCACCCCUCCUCGGCUCACGCCCAACCCCAUGCUGCUGGACUCCCCGGCGCCCACGCUGACGCCCACCACCUCCUCCCCUCCUCCCCCUCUCACCCCGGCGCCCUCCGUCUCCGCCGGCCACGCCCCCAAAGCGGCGGCGGCGGCGGCGGCGUUGGCUCCAUCUCCCCACAUCCUGGUCCCGGCUCCACCUAAACUCACCACCACUGCAACCGCCGCCCUCCGCACGUACUCCCGCCCCAUCCUCCCCUCCCCGCCGGGCGCCCCCAAAACAUCUCCCCCCAAACAAACCCCGCCCUCUCUUCUUCUUCUUCCCCUUUCCUCCUCUUCCUCCCCGGUUGCGUCCAGCACCACCUCGCCCCUCCUCAUCCAUCCUCCUCCUCCUCCUCCUCCUUCUUCUUCUCCUGCAACGCACAGCAGCGCCGCCGGCGUGUCAACCAAGACCUCCGCCGGCCUGACCAAUGGGAACACGAGGCCCGUAACCAUGACGACCUCCACACCAAUCACGCCCUUUCACACGCCGGCGAGCCCACCUGGCAGACAGGUACCACAGGCUCAUCCUGCGGGCACACCUGGUCUUGUGCGAGCCAAUCAGAGCCUGUCUCCGGUGAGGCAGAGGGUAUCCCAGCAUACAUUGCUCCUGGGGAAAGGUCUCAAGGGGUCUGGUCCAGACCAGGUGCUGCUGAGAGCUCAGAUGCUGAUUCUUACGUCUGCCAUGCGACCUUCCCUGUCCUCCUCCUCUUCCUCCCCCUCUUCCUCCUCUCCUCCUUCCUCUAACCCUGCCUCUGUGACGCUCCAGAGUCUCACCCUGAGGCCUCCCCCCCCCGGGGCCCUCACCAUCCCUCCCUCCCUUCGCCUCAAGCCGCCUCCCCUCUCUCGCCCCCACGCCCCCCUCUUCCCCCCCCUCAGGCCACGACCGCAGCCCGACGCCGCCGCACCGGAGUGCCCGAACGCGCCCGGACGCCACCUCUCCGUCAUGCCUCCAACUCUUUACUCUCCGGUCCGAGCCGUCCCCCUGAGGCCCCGCCUCCAUUCUCCAAACGGUCACAACAGGGCGGCGGCGCCGCGCCAGACCUCGCCCCUGCAGCCAAUCGCCGCCGCCGCCAGGCCGCAGCCGCCCGGGCCGAGCGGUCGCCCGCCGCCUCAGACGGGCCAAUCGCAGCGCGGCCCGCCGUCCGUCGCCGCCACCCCCCCGUCGGCCUCGUCCCGCUUCGAGCGCUCGCCGUCCGCGGCGAGGCAGCUGCAGAUCAUCGCCCUCUCUUCGGGUCGCCAACCCUGCACGUACGGCCACGCCGUGCGGUCGGCGUCGCCCGUCGCCGAGCCGUCCGGCCAAUCGAAGAGGACGCUGAGCGCCGGCGUGCUUCCUCUUCCUCUCAGCCCGUCGUUGACAAAAAACACCUCGCCUCCGUCCCUCCUGAGUCCGUCGUCGCCUCCGAGUCAACCCGGCCCUCAGACCGCGACCCGGAGAGGAGAGCCGAGGGACGGCGAGGAGCAGCGGGAGAAGGCGCGAGGCAGAGGGGAGGCGAGCGUCGGUAAGGACCCGAGGGGGGGGAGGGGCGACCACAGGGAGGGGAGGGGCGACCACAGGGAGAAGAGGGAGGAGAAACCGCCGGAGGGAGGCCUCGGCGGUCGCAGGGACCAGGAAGUGGAGACGGCCGGAGAGGAAGAGCAGAUGGAGGUGACUGAGGAGGGCCGGGGUGACGGAGAGAGAGGUGAGGAGAAAAAGAUGGCGGAGGAGGAGACGGGAGAGACGCCCAUGGACCAGUCUGAGAACCGGACCGGUCAGGUUCUCCACCAGGGACAGAAGAUGGAUCUGACCUCCACGCCCGACGCCGUUAAAGAGUCCGGCGUGGAACCGAAACACGUCCUGGGUCUCAUUCCAGUAACAGCCCCAGUACCAGGUACAGCCCCAGUACCAGGUACAGCGCCUGUAACAGCUCUAAUAAGAGUCCCAGUACCAGUCCCAGUAAGAGCCCCAGCAAGAGCCCCAGUAACAGCCCCGCUACCGGUACCAGUCCCGGUAACAGACCCAGUAACAGCUCUCGUAAGAGCCCUACUACCAGUCCCAGUAACAGCCCCAGUCAGAGCCUCAGCAAGAGCCCCAGUAACAGCCCCACUACCAGUACCAGUCUCAGUACCAGUCCCAGUAACAGCCCCACUACCAGUACCAGCUCAAGUCCCAGUACCAGCUCUAGUACGAGUCCCAGUACCAGCUCCAGUCCCAGUAACAGUCCCACUACCAGCCCCACUACCAGCCCCAGUACCAGCCCCAGUACCAGCUCUAGUACGAGUCCCAGUACCAGCUCCAGUCCCGGAGGUCUCUCUCCAAAGUCCAAGGCCACCAGAGUCUCAUCGGGACCUGCAGCCGGUCUCCCAGGAGGACUUCUGUGAGGACAUGUCCAUGCAGUCCGACAACCAGUCAGCGCUGUCCAGCCUCUCCUCCCAGUCCCCCCCCUCCUCGCCCUUCCUCACCCCCUCGACAGAAAAUCCUCCCCCCCUCCUCCCCGCUCGGACCGCCCUCGGCAGGUCGCGGCGCCCGGCCAAAGCAGAGGCGGGGCUUCUCGGCCAGUCGGGAGACGAGUCCGAGAGCUCCGACCAAUCGGCGGGCGGUCCCUGGGAGCCGAGGGCGUGGCCUGAGGGGCGGCAGGUUCUGACUCACCUGGUGGAGGGCUUCGUCAUCCAGGAGGGGCUGCAACCGUUUCCUGUGAACCGCUCGUCCCUGCUGGUUCAGAAGCAGGUGACCCAACCGGAGGAGGUGAACGGGACCAAUGGGAGCUCAGCGUUGCCGGACAUGUUGCCGGUCGCGGUACUGGACGCGUUGCCGGACGCGUUGCCGGACGCGUUGCCGGACGCGUUGCCGGACGCGUUGCUGGACUCCACGCCGGACGCCACGCCGGACGCCACGAAACAAGCGAUGCGCUCCAGCGAGUCGGAGGCCGAGGGAGCCGGGAACACCGAUAACCACGGCAACCGGUCGGCGCACCGCGACAGGACCGUGCUGCACUGCCAGUUCUGCGGGAAGCGAGGCCACGCCCACAACUUCAUGCGGUCCAAGCGCUUCUGCUCCACUUCCUGUGCGCGCGGGUUCAACGUUCGUCUGACGAAGCGUCUGCGCGCGCUGAGUGCGAGUAGUCGGUCCGAUAGGCCACGCCCAGUCCUGAACAGGGCGGAGUCUGUUCCUGGGAAGCCUCUUCUCCUACGACUGUCUCGUGAUCUCUGGAGCGCCGGGCGGCGUGAGAAGGAGGCGGCAGACGAGGAGGAGGAGGAUGAAGACAUGGAGCAGGACACCGAGGGAGGAAGAGAGGAGGAGGAGGAAGAUGACGGGAAGGAGGAGGAGGACCCUGCCGUCGCGAUGACGGCCCGGAUGGAGCGCCGGGCGGCACGGAGGGCGGCGAGGAGGUCGUCCGCCCCCCCACUGACCACCCCCACCAGCACCUUCAAACCCGGCCCCUCCCAGUGGAGCGUGGAGGACGUGACGACCUUCAUUCACACGCUGCCAGGCUGCGGCGACGUGGCCGAAGCGUUCCGGCUGCAGGAGAUCGAUGGCCAAGCUCUGCUGCUGCUGACGGAGGACCACCUGAUGACCAGCAUGAGCAUCAAACUGGGUCCGGCUCUCAAGAUCUGUGCUCACAUCAACGCACUGAAGAACCAGUGAGAGAGAGAGCGAGAGAGAGAGACACAGACUGACAGAACAAGGAACAAUGAGACUGAUGCCGGGGCGAGAAGAGAGAGAGAGUUUUUAAGAAAAACUCAAAGCUGACACCAAGGACGACAGAACAAAGUCACAAAAAGAGAUUACAAAUGGAGGUGUGGCCUUAGGAGAUGGGAACUGAAGUCCAGAAGAAGUUUCAUCUGUUUUACGGGCGCUCUGACUGUAGCAGGAAACCAGAAGAGGGGGGGUCGGGGGGAUUUUGUAAAACUUUCUGUACAUUUUUCAUGCUGCUGGAGAGUGUAAAUUUGAAGCUAUUUCAUUCAGGAUUUAAAACAUUUAAUAUAUACAAAGAAUUUGUCUAUUUAGUUUUUUUAGAUUGUGACGUCGACGACAAAUCUAUCCAGUAGCUCUAACAUAACCGGUGUGUGUAAAAAUAAUAAUAAUAAUAAUA